AUGGUCAUUGGCAUCAUAUCUUUCCUCUACCUGCCGAAAUGCCCCACCGAUACCAGUUCAGUUCUCUGUCCGAGGUCUUGGUACACAGAGAGGCAAGAAGUCAUCAUGGUCAACCGUAUCCUACGAGACGACCCAUCGAAGGGCUUGACCGCUCUCAAAGAGCCAGCAACGUUCGCUGAUGUCAAGGCAGCGUGGACUGACAAGUCGCUGUGGGGUUUAUAUCUGGUCGGCCUUGUCGCAUACAUCCCAGCAACCCCAGUGCAGGCGUACUUGACGCUCACGCUAAAGAGAGUUGGGAAGUUCAGCACCCUUGCCAGCAAUCUGCUCACUGCGCCCUCGGCGGCUCUCCAGAUUGUGACUAUGCUUGCGCUUUCGUACAGCUCCGAAUACUUCAACGAGCGCGCAUUUCACUGCCUUUUUGGGGAGCUCUGGUGCAUUCCCCUUUUCACCGCGUUGCUGACGAUUCCGGACGGUGGUCGCGAAUGGGGUCGCUUCGCAACCAUCACGCUCAUUUCGGGCUACCCCUACUUUCACCCGAUUGUCAGCAGUUGGAUAUCGGAGAACUCAUUCGACGUGAAGAAGCGCGCCAUAGCGGCGGCUACUUACAACGUUAUUGUACAAAUAGGGAGUCUUAUAGGCAGCCAGAUCUAUAGGUCUUGGGAUGCCCCUUAUUAUAAGAAUGGCAACAAGGUGUGCAUAUCUAUUCUAUCACUAGCCAUAGUUGUGCUUUUUGCUCAGCGGCAAUUCCUCAUUCACCUCAACCGCAAAAAGGAGCAAAAAUGGAAUGAGAUGACACCAGAGGAGAAGAUUGCAUACCAAACCAGCCAAGAGGACCGGGAGAAGGAUGGAAACAAGCGAUUGGACUUCAAAUUUGCAUUCUAG